AUGACACAACAUGUCCUUACCAGUUCAGUAAAGAACGACUUUCGAUGGCUUGAAUUGUACGCAAAGCUUAGUGAAUUGUGGAAGUCCUGCCACGUUGCUGAUGCAGAGCGGGUGAUCCCCUCCAACAAGCAUACCGAGAAGGACUUCAUCAAUAUGUCCACUGAAAUUUCUCGCCUGGAAAGUUUGUACGCCGCCCGCAAGGAUGUAUUCGACGUCUUGACAAAGUGGAAGGACACGUGGGCAAAUAAAAUUGCACUUGAAGAGAAGAGGAAAACUGCUGACUACUAUCAGAACCGCGGGAGAGAAAACAAUGUUUUCCUGGAUGCAAAGGUGAAAUAUCAACGUUGUUGCGAGUCUAAAGUGUGGAACUUUUAUUCCUUAAUUUCUGAAAAUGAUAUGCAACGUAUGGCGUCCAGUAGUUCUUUGAGAACUCCCCAGUCAUCCCAAGGAAGGCUGCCGCCCAGAGCUGUUAGCUCCUCGAAGCUUGGAUUAGUUCGCAAGGUAUGUUUUAGCAGCUGUUUAAUUCUUCUAAAUGACUAUCCGGAAGUUUUUUUAUGA